AAUAGAGAAGAAGGAAUUUCAAAAUCAAGUCUUCUUUGUAUGCAACUCUCUCAUUCACCCACUCACUUCACUUUCUAAUUUUUCUUUUCUUAAUUUAAAGAAAGAACUUCAAAGAAAAAAAACAGUCAAAUCUUAAAAGACACAGAAAAUGUAUGAUCCUAAUCAACAUUUCGUAGAUUUGCAAGAGAAUUCAAGUUUCGGAGACACAAAAUCUUGGCUUUUAGACGACGACGACAAAAACAACAACUCUUCCCCAACACUGCGACUAACUCACUCCAAUUCCGCAUCCACCGCUGGCACAACGGGAAAUAUCGAUCCUGUUCUCUUCAAUAAUAUCGUCGAGAUGGUCCCUCUCAUCGAAUCCCUCAUUCAUCGGAAAGGAAAUAGUUCAUUUACCCGGCGAGGUUCGAUGAUUUACACGAAGACGCCUUCUAGAGAUUCUUUAUACAAAAAGAUGACUGAUCCAAAAGGGAGGAAUGCCAGUCAGUCCAUUCCAACAAAAAAGAAAAAAGAACAUGGAGACAAGGACCGAGGUAAGAGUGGAGGUAAUAAUCAGGAUUCUGACAACUUCUCAAUUUUUUCUUCAAGGUCUUUGGCUUCUGAAAAGGACAUAGAAGAGUUAGUCACGUUGAGGGAACAAGUGGAAGAUCUGCAGAGGAAGUUAGCAGAGAAAGAUGAACUUCUGAAAUCUGCAGAAAUUUCGAAGAAUCAGAUGAAUGAUGUUCAUGGAAAACUUGAUGAGCUGAAACACCAGGCUGCAGAGAAAGAUUCCUUAAUCAAGUCUAUUCAACUACAACUUUCUGAUGCAAAGAUUAAGCUUGCAGACAGGCAAGCUGCCCUAGAAAAGAUACGAUGGGAAGCAAUGACCUCCAAUACGAAAGUGGAGAAGCUCCAGGAAGAGCUAGAUUCUAAACAAGGAGACAUUUCAUCAAUGAUGCUGUUAUUUGAAGGCUUGACAAACGAGUCAACAAAAAUUGCUGAAGAUUAUGAUGUCAAUCCUCGUUAUUUAGAUUAUCUUCCAGAUAUCGAUGAUAUGGAUGACAUAGAGAUGCAAGAAAUGGAAGAAGCAAGACAAGCUUACAUUGCUGCCGUUGCUACUGCAAAGGAAAAGCAAGAUGAAGAAUCCAUUGCUGCUGCAGCCAGUGCUAGAUUGCAUCUUCAGUCUUUUGUCUUGAGAUCCAAUGGUAGAAAUGCUGGCAAUGUUUAUUUGAAUGGCGGGGUUUCACCUUCUUAUAGAGCAUAUGUACAUUAGGUCUAACCCGGAUUUGAUUAACCAGCCUUGUAAAAUAUUUUUCGCCACUUCUUUUAUUUUAUAUUGAACUUUUAAUGGGUUGGUGUGCUUUACUAAAGAGUAUAUUGAACUCUUGUUGAUAGUCGCAGGCUUCUGAUUUACUAAAGAUUUGUAAUAUAUUGCUUGUUAAUAGAUUCUCGUUAAAAGUUAAAAAAAAUCCUGUUAACAUUUA